CAGCCCGCGAGUCUCUUUUUUUCUGCUCUCUUCGCCUUCGCACCCAACUCAUCCGGCGCCACCACCUGCCAUUGCAUUAAUUAGCCUAUAUAUAUAUCACCCCUUCCACCAUGCUCCGUUCCGCUGUUGCCCGGUCGCUGCGCGCAGCCUCUUCCAUACCUCGAAUCACCAGACCCUCUACGGCCUCUUUCCAGAUCCCCAGGAGCCCGCUCUCUGCCGCCCGCGCAGUCCAGUCCCAAUUCCCCUCAUGUUUCACCUGCCAGGCCAUCCGAUCAUAUUCUGCGCCUGCUGGCCUAACCCACUCGGAGAUUGAGGGCAGAAUAGUCGAUUUGCUGAAGAACUUUGACAAGGUUUCGGAUCCAUCCAAGAUUACUAGCACCUCGCACUUCUCGAAUGACUUGGGAUUGGACAGCUUGGAUACCGUCGAGGUCGUGAUGGCCAUUGAGGAGGAAUUCAGCAUCGAAAUCCCAGAUAAGGAAGCCGAUGCCAUCCAUAGCAUUGACCAAGCUGUUACCUAUAUUAGCUCCCAACCUGAUGCCCACUAAAAGAUUAAACCCCGAUGAUGAGCGAGAUGAAGGGGACUCUGGAAAUGGUUGACGCGCAGUGGAUAUAUACAUCAUCUUAUCACUCAGCGUUGGAAGGGAGUGUGCAAGUAAUAUCAAAUGGAGGAGUGCGUGCGAUUCGAUUUAUUUAAAGGGGCCCCCGUUACGUUUCCGUUCCCGUUCUUCAUUUGUCAUAUCGUGUACUGUACAUCAAUCUCUCUUUUUCUUAUUC